AUGGACACACAAGAUUUAGUUGAAAGCAACGACAAUAGUGUUUCGACUGAAACCUUCGGUAUUAUUCUACUCGGUAAUACUGGUGUUGAUAAUCAAGAAGCUGUUGACCAAAAUAAACAGGAGAUUUAUAAAGCAUUUCAACAAUGUCCAAAUUCGGUUGUUGCAUUUGUUUUUAGUGGUGGAAGUAGUGGACGUGUCAAAGACGAAGAUCUUGUUGCAUUCAAUGCAAUUCAUAAAGCAUUUCAUUUCCAGCAAUAUGCAGCUGAUAAAAUACGUAUGGAUCAAGAAUAUCAAACAAUUAAAGAGCAAAUGGCAACACAAGAAAUAGCUCUACAAAAUCAAGAAAGAGAAAAUGCGGAGAAGAACAUGGCAGUGCUGCAAAACAAAAUUUCUGAACUAGAGAGUCGGCAACUUCAAGUUAUCUAUGAAUACGUACCAGUGAAAUGA